UAACAGCACGAGUUAAUUAAGAUGUGAUAUUAACCUUUACAUGUGCACAGAGAACAGAGGAAGUGAGAGAGAACGACGCAUGUCUGAAAGAAAGGACUGGGGAGACGGCGAGAAAAAAAAAAAAGAAGGAAAAGGUCAGUGGAAGUCGGAUUAGUCAGAGUUGGGUCUGAAACUUCCUAAAUGCUGCGCGGUUUCGAUUGGCACCAUGAGGAUUUCAGAAAAAAAUACACCGGAGCAGUCCGGAGGCCUAAAACAGCGUGUCAUCAGUGCCCUGCUGUACUGCAGUGGAGAAAUGCAACAGUUACACUCUCACAUGCAGGAUAAACCCUACCUGCUGCAGCUGGUGGAGUGGUGUUUGCGUGGGAUCUCACGGGUGAUUCUGCUGAACAAUCCCCUGAGUGGAGCUGUGAUUCUGGCAGCGCUGUUGCUGGAGAGCCCCUGGCAGGCUCUGCUGGGAACGCUCGGCCUUUUGGCCUCCACCUUUACAGCUAUAAUCCUGGGACAGGACUGUGAGGAGGUGUCCAGUGGUCUUCAUGGUUUUAAUGGGAUGCUGGUGGCUCUGCUGAUGGGUGUGUUCAGCUCUGCUGGAGACUGGUACUGGUGGCUCCUGCUGCCUGCAUGUCUUGGAGGAGCUGCAACAACCUUUCUUUCUAGUAGUCUGGCUCCAAUUGUGGACCACUGGGAUUUACCAGUGAGUGUCUUCCCAUUUAACACAGUCAUUGUACUGUAUCUGGCCUGCACCGGCACUUCCAACCCCUAUUUUCCAAACUAUCCUGCCCAUCCACCAAGGGCUCCAGAGAGCACAAACCAAACCCAACUCCAUGUUCCACAGCUCCUGCAGGGGGUGGUAUUGGGCGUAGGGCAGAUCUUUGCCUGUGGGACUCUUGGUCCAUCUCUGCUUAUCCUGGGCGCCGUUUUCAUCUUCUCACCCAUUCUGGCCAUCAACGCCCUCCUCGGGUCUGUGAUGAGCACUAUGGCAGGUCUGUCUAUGUCAGUACAGCACAGAUUUCUAUACUCUGGUCUAUCAGGCUUCAAUGGGGCUCUAGGCUGCAUGGUUGUUGGAGCGUUUUUUAUAUUUAGUUGGAGAACACUUCUCUUAUCUGUUGCAAGUGCCUUGCUUUCAGCUUACACAGACAUUGCCUUGAGCAACCUGUUAGGAGCUGUGGGUCUCCCAGCAAGCAGUUGGGCUGCUACUCUGAUUGGCACACUGGUACUGUUGCUGACAGGCAAAAACCUAAAAGAACACAGAAUCCCCACUGGAAAAGUAACCUCACCUGAGAUGAACUUGCGCUCACAUAAGGAAUGGUCUGCAACCAAUGACUACACGACUACAACUGAUGCAUAG